AUGGCCGGCCGUUUUCGCGUCAGCUCUGUGAACGCAGCAACAGCAACACCAGCAGUAGCCGUUAACGAUACCACUGUAGCACCAGUGGUUGCCCCAACUAGUGUUACCCUAUCAAUUCCGGUUAAUGGUCAAACACAAGGUAAGCAGCCAUUUUAGCA